AUGUCGUCAAAGGAAGUCAUUGACCCAAAAUUACUGAGGGCUCGAAGGAGUUCCAAAAGUCGCAAAAAAAGAAAGCAAAAUGAAAAGGCCGAGAACCCAAAAAGAAGAAGAUGUCGCAACUUUCGACAAACGGCAAAACUUCAGCAUGACGAAGCAGCUAAAGAGCCCGAUGCUUCAAAAUCUAAAGAAUCACAAACGGCAGAACGGUACCACAAACACGCGUUGCAUUUUUAUUCGAAAUGGAAGAAGGCAGAAGAAGGAAAUGUUCCUGUCCUGGAAGAAGGCACUUUAACAGAUUUACCGACAGUUAUUGGACGAGGGUGCUUCGGAGUUUGUAACGUAGCAAGAUACGGAGCGCGGCUAGUUGUUGUUAAAAAACAGCAAAACUACGCGUCAGGCAAGAACGAAGCGAGGAUAACCGCCAAGAUUAUACAUCCAAAUGUCGCUCGUCUUGUCGGCAUUGUGGAGCGUGAAAACAGAUGUGACAUCGUCACACCUUUCUACAAUGUAGAUGGCAAUCAGAAGAACUUGGCUGAUAUUUCAGCAGAAGGCGCGACAAUAAACUUCACGAACGUGCUUAGUGGACUGUGCAGCGGGAUAGAGUAUAUCCACGAAAAAGUCAAGAUUUUACACAAUGACAUAAAAAUAAACAAUGUUGUACUGGAUGGAAACAGUCUAGCCGAAGCAGAAGCAAUUUUAAUCGACUUUGGAAAAGCAAGAGAUCAAAUAAGCCCCAAGGUUUACGUUACGCCUGCUGAUACGCAACAAUUCAAGCAUCUUGCGCCCGAGCUUGGCCAAGUAAAUGGCAAGCAAAGCAAGAAGUCCGACGUGUUCUCUUUGGGGUUCUUAAUCAAAACCUUGAAAUACAAGUUUUCCGACUUUCCAUCGAUGUUUGUAAAAGUAUAUAGAUCCUGCCUGCGCACAAACGCAUCCCUAAGACCAUCAGCGAGCGAUUUGCGCGAGCAGCUGGUCAGAGGAAAGCAAGAGUAA